ACAAACUCAUUACGCAUCAUCAGCUCCAACGAUUCCUUUUCACCGGAUACCGAGUCGACUCAGCCAGUCUACCAACCAAAAUGGGUAUAUGUAGCUCGUACGAGUCGACGACACAAGUGGCGACGGCGAAGCUUAUCUUGCAAGACGGGAGGAUGAUGGAGUUCACGACUCCAGUCAAAGUUGGUUACGUUCUACAGAAGAAUCCAAUGUGUUUCAUUUGUAACUCAGAUGAUAUGGAUUUCGACGACGUCGUAUCUACCACUAGUGCCGACGAGGAGCUUCAGCUUGGACAGAUUUACUUUGCUUUACCUCUCAGCUCGCUUCAUCAGUCUUUAAAAGCUGAGGAGAUGGCUGCAUUGGCUGUUAAAGCUAGCUCUGCUCUUAUGAGAAGCGGUCAUUCUUGCGGCCGAGAUAAAUGUCGGUGUCGCCGGAAAUGUGUCUCUCCGGUUAUCUUCUCUUCCCGGAGAGUGGCGGCGGUGAGAUCCGACGGCCAGACGAGGAACGGGAAAAGACGAGGCGGUGGUGGUAGCGGGAGGAGGAAAUAUGCUGCCAAGUUGAGUAUGAUUGAAGAGUGAAGGGUAGUCUGGAGAUUUAGUUAUUAUUGCAGGGUUAGUUUUGUGAAUAUGUUGUCAUUAAGGGGAUGCAUAUUGCAUUUUAAAACGUGGGAAAUGUGAUUGUACGUGCUUUACUAUCAUAUCACUGGUUGAUAUUUGUCCCAAAUUUCAGACCAGAACAAAAAACAUCUGAUUAUGGACGGAA